AAAUGUUAUUUAUUUUGAAAUUUUGAAUUUGUUCUCAAUCAAAAAUGGAAGAAACCAGCAACGAAAUAUUGUCCGAAUCCUUGGAGCAAACAGAUAACUUAAUGGAAAAUGAUGUAGUAGAUUUGGCAAACAUUUCUGAGGAUGAAACAGCUAAUCCCAACUCGGAACAAAGUGAGAGUGAGACAAAACAAUCUCCAGCAAGUUUCCUCAAACCGGUAAAAGAUCUACAAUUGCCCCAUGCAAAAAUUAAACAUAUUAUGAAAAUGGAUCCGGACGUACAAUUGGUACAAAAGGACGCAAUCAGUUUAGUUGGAAAAGCAGCAGAAUUGUUUAUAGAAUUUUUAACCAAAGAAUCCUACAAGCAACUCGCAGGACAAAAGCGAAGGACUGUAAUGAAAAGAGACAUUGAUGUUACUGUAGAAAAUAUACCCCAACUCUGUUUUCUGGAUGGGGCUUUGGAAUAA